AUGGCCGCCACGAAGACGUACCGCCUCCUGUGUCUGGAGAACCCGCUGCUGGACAUCAUCGCCGAUGGCGACCAGACGCUGCUGGACAAGUACAGCCUCAAGGCCAACGACGCGAUCCUGGCGGAGCCGCAGCACCUGGCCAUCUACGAGGAUCUGCUGACGAACCGCAAAGCGAUCCUGAGCGCGGGCGGUGCGGCGCAGAACACGGCCCGCGGGGCCCAGUACAUGUUGUCCCCCGACAGCGUCGUCUUUCUCGGCGGCGUUGGUCGCGACAAGUAUGCCGACAUCCUGGCCGAGACGGCGGCCAAGGCAGGUCUGCGGGUCGAGUACCGCGUCGACGACAAGGAGGCCACCGGCCGCUGCGCCGUGGUCGUGACCCCGGGCCACCGCAGCAUGGUCACCGAACUGGCUGCGGCCAACCACUACGAUCUCGGCCAUCUUCAGUCAGCUGCCAUCUGGCCGCUCGUCGAGGCUGCGGAGGCCUACUACAUUGGCGGCUACCACUUGACCGUGUGCCCGCCGGCCAUCAUGGCACUUGCCCACGAGGCCGCUGCCCGGAACAAGACGUUCAUCCUGUCCAUCUCAGCCCCCUUCAUCCCGCUCGCCUUCAAGGACGCGCUCGACGCCACGCUGCCCUACCUCGACUACGUUCUCGGCAACGAGGGCGAGGCCGUCGCUUUCGGCAACGCUCACGGCCUCUGCAACAUCGACCUCGCCGAUAUCGACAACGUCUCGACCGACGAGCUCAAGGCCAUCGCCAAGCACCUCGCCAACCUGCCCAAGGCCAAUGCCCAGCGCAAGCGCGUCGCCAUCGUCACCCAUGGCAGCAAGCCUACCAUCGUUGCCGUCCAGGGCGACGCCGACGUGCUCGAGUUCGCCGUCUUGCCCAUUGCUGCUGCCGACAUCGUCGACACUACUGGCGCCGGCGAUGCCUUUGCUGCCGGCCUCGCUGCUGGCAUCAUCGAGGGCAGCUCGCUCGAACAGAGCAUCAAGCAGGGCCAGUGGCUCGCCCGCCUCUCGCUCACCCAGCUGGGCGCUUCGUAUGUCGCUUAG